AUGGCCGCCAGUGGUGCAGGACCUGCUUCCCAGAGGGGCAUGACAGUUAGCUCUUUUUAUGGCAAGGCGGGUACAAAAAUGAGAGAGAGGAUGAGAGUGAUUGAGGAGAUCCCAGCAAGCUCUUCAGACUCAGACUCAGACUCAGUCAGUGGUGAAGAUGAGGAAGUCAUUUUCAGGCAGCAAGAGAUAGCGGCAGCAAGUGAGGAUAGUUCUACUGAGGAGGAGGAGGAGACGGAUCAAAAGUCCAAAAAAGCCAAGGGAUUCAGCUGGCGGAAGAAGAGGUUUGAGCACCAGUCAACAGCAACUGCCAGUGAAUUCAGAGCACCUGAUGAGCUGUAUCCUCCUCGUAGCUACUUUGCCCGUUUUUUUGAUGACGAUCUGUUUCAGCAUAUUGCUGAACAGACAAAUCUCUACAGUUGUCAACAAAUUGGAGCCAGCAUUAACACCACUUUGGAAGAGCUCAAGUCAUUUGUUGGCAUUAAGCUAAUCAUGGGAGUGGAUAAUGAAACAUCGAACCCUGCCCAGGAUCGGCUCUGCAAAGUCACACCAGUGCUGGAGCAUGUAAGGAAGAAAUGCCUGGAAAUUGAUAGCGAGAACCAGUUCUCCAUAGACGAGAUGAUGGUCCCUUACAAGGGAACAAAGGCUGGGUCUCUCCGACAAUAUCUUCCAAGCAAACCUCACCAUUGGGGUAUCAAGAUCUUUGUUCGAGCAGGUGUUUCUGGGAUAGUGUAUGAUUUCCUCACAUACACUGGAAAGAGCACAUUUGGCAUAGCACAGGGUCCUGUCAAAGAAAUUGGAGUUGGAGCCAAUGUUGUUGUUCAACUCUGCAAGACCAUCAGGAACCCCUCAGAGUGUGUGGUCUAUUUUGACAACUUUUUCACCUCUCUACCACUCAUUGUGCACCUGAAGGAGUCCUUUGGCUUGCGAAGUCUGGGAACCAUCCGCAAGAACAGGCUAAAGGGAUGCAUCCUUGAGGAUGACCGUGCUCUGCUGAGGCAAGGAAGGGGCAGCUAUGACUACAGGGUGGAUAAUGAGGCAGAAGUGGCUGUUGUAAAAUGGGUUGACAACAAAGCAGUCACUCUAGCUAGCUCCUGUGCUGCUGUAAGCCCUCUUAAAGAAGUCAGACGAUUCUCCAGAGAGAAGAGAAGAAGAGUUGGUGUUCCUUGCCCAAACAUUGUGUCCCAAUACAAUGUCCACAUGGGAGGAGUUGACCUUGCUGACAUGAUGGUGGCCUUGUACCGCACCCCUGCUAAAUCACACCGGUGGUACAUGUGCCUCUUUUGGCAAAUGGCUGAUAUAGCCAUCAACAAUGGAUGGCUGCUCUAUCGCCGAGAUGCCAAAAGCCUUGGUAUGCAAAAGCACAAAAAGCUGAAGACAUUCAGGUUGGAGGUUGCAGAUGCCCUUAUCAACGGUGGAAAGAAGAAGGGAAGGCCCUCCAAGGGAAGGGAGGAGGAUGUGCCCAGUCCCACCAGGUGCAUCCAAAGACCAACAACCCCAAGACCUGUGGCUGAUGUCCGCUAUGAUCAAGUGGAUCACUUCCCGGUUUUCAUUGACAAGGGAAGCACAGGUAUGGUGACCAAUGAGGACACCAUGGGCACUGUAGCCCUCACCUACAGACAAUAA